CAUCGCAGUUAGCCCGUGUCGAGGUAAGGCCUCGAGUACUUUCACAGCUAUGACCGUGCUGGAGUAUAUUGACAAUGUCCGGGCUACCCAUCAAACCAAUGACAUCAUUGACAGGUAAGGGAGUGGUCAAUGACAGUGAUCACGUUACUGUAAAAUUUGUUUUUGGGUAAAUUUUUUUUUUUUUUUUUAAAGAAUGACGUGUUUCGGUGAAUGUUUACUGUUCUAAAAUAAAAGUCUUACUUGUGUUCUGCCGUUCAGCGCAUACAAUUAAAAAAAAAUUUAAUAAAAAAAACCCCACUUAAUAUGAAAACUGAAAUUUUAAAUAUUUUUUAUACUAUAAAUGAUAGCAUUGAAAAUGUUCAUGUAUCAAACAAGGGAUUCGGAACAUUGUGGGGCUGAAAUAUUCCGAAAAAAAGAAAAGAAAAAAAAAAAACUACCAUUAGCCUGUGGCGUAGCUAGAGUUAGUGCCACCCCGAAGAGGGCCAAGCUUUUUGCCACCCCUUCCCCCCCCCCCUACUACUUUCCAUAAAACAGCCCCGUCCGAGCACUGCCCCUUUUACCUACGCCCCUGACCAGUGUAUUGACUACAGACGGGAAGGGCGUUACUCCUUUUUUGUUUGGAGUGGGGGAUGACAAUGGGGCGUGCACGUUGAUAAAAAAUAGCAAAUUUAACAAAAUGUAAGUUAAGUUUAAUGUUUGAUGUUCUGCACUUGAGGGGCGCCACGGGUGUCAUUGACCCCCAAUUCUCCACUAAGAACUACGGCUUGUAAUCUUGACGUAAGCCUAAAAGCUUUCACUUUCAAAACAAAUAUAUUAAACUCGAAUUCAACCUUAUUUUGAAUAAGAAACAUAUUUUUAAACUAUCAACCUUCAGUAAUAGAAUCUGGUUUUUGUAAAGUCUCCUUCAUACGUAAAAAAAAAUAAUAAUCUAACAUUUAAAAUAAAAUAAAAAUUGAGAAUUUUCGUCAAAAUGUUGAGACCCACUGAAAUGCAAUAUGCUGUCUUUCCCGCGUGAGAACCAAUGGCCAUAGAGUAUUGAGAGAAAGAACAGAUCGGUCAGACGAAGUGUCUCUGUCAUGGUAGGAUUGUUCAAAGACCAGUCAUUAGCCUAUGUGCAUACCUACUGCGGUCUGUAUGAUGGAUCUCGUCUCAUUUCUUCUGACAUGACGUCUGUAAAAGUGGUGGGACCGUGGCACAGACGGGUCUCAAAGAAUUUCCUAAUUUAGAGGUCCCUUGGAAUAUAGAAGGGUUGGGGGAGGGGGCGGGCGGGAUGGGAUCGACGGCUGUCGUCUUGAAUGACAGCAGUUGAAUCGGGUUACGGGCAGCUCUAAAACAUGUCAGGGCUUGUUUUAAGGAUAGACAAGUCAAUCAGAAGACUGUUUUUUUUUUUUUUUUUUUUUUUUUUNGAUGGGAGGUUAAAGUUAAAAUUGUAUUUUUGAAAGCCGAAGAAUGUUUGAUGUUAGGGUGGGGUGGGGUGGGGCGAGCUCUUAAACUCUUAAAUUGUUUUUGUUUUUUUUUCAAUUUCGGAGACUUUGAGUUCUGACGAUUAGGGGCUCCCGAUUCUCUCUGUAAACAUGCGCUUUACGGAAUCCGUUAAUUGUGGGUUGGGGGGGGGGGCUCCUACAUGACAGCUAACAAGGUCAACCAUUUGAAUGAUAUAUAUUUUUUUUUUAAAUUGAGAGGAGGGGUCUAAAACGAUUAAGAAAUUAGGUAAAGUGCCUACGCCCCUGACUGGUCGAAAAAGCUAUGAGAAAAAAGUGUGUGUGUGUAGAGGAGGGGGGGGGAAUAGAGUGUUGAACAUUUUAAGCGAAAACACACGAGUCCUGGGGUAUGAUGGAAGGAAAGGGCAGGUAACAAUCAAGACUUUACUUUUUAUAUUUAAGUGUGUAUGUCCAUUAAAAUGUUUCUUGUGUGCUAAAAUAAGUGCGUAGAGUUACACUGAGCUGGUUCGAAGAGAAAAAAAAAUUAACACAAAUGUGUAAAUUGCGGAAAAAAGGCUUUUCCGGAUAUGAAAGCGAGGCUGUCGCUUGUGCGCGCUCUUCACUGGCUCUCUCUCAAGCGUUUUCCUCAUUCCUACUGCGUUUGGAAUCUUUCGUGUGUGAAGGUAUUUCUUAUAAUUUGAUUUUCAUUAUUUACAUCGCUGAAUCAUUACUAUUUCUUUUACUCUUCAAAAUUUUUGAACAUCAGAAAACAAACUAUUUCAAUAUAACAGCUAGUUAAAUACAUUUUAACAAUGUUAACAGUUUUUUUUUCUUCUUAAUUUGAGGGCCCAGAGUUUGGCGGGCUUUGAACUCCAGACUGGCCACACCACCACUAUUUUGAUUGAGCCAGUUUAGACCACUCGGCCACCCAGCACCCAUAUUCAUUUAAUACUGUUGAACUCUCUCUGUAAUUACAUUUGAACAAAUAGAAUUAAAACCAUUUCAGAACCACUUUAAAUUUUUUUUUUAAAAAGUGGAACUAUUUAAACAAGGACAAGUCAUUGAGACAAGCCUGAGAGUUAAGACGAACGCCGGCCUGUGAUUGGUUGGAAGUAUGCGAUAGUUUAGUUAUCUAUCUAACAGCGAGAUCUGAAUGUCUGUGGGUCAAUAGUGUGUGACCUGACCCGGUGUUGCGGUUGCUUUUCUUGUGUGUGAGAUGGGUUUUUGACAUCUUUUCUAAUUAGUUUAUGUUGUUUUUUUUCCCCACCUUCUAUUAAUUUCCCACCAAUUGAACACGGGAAACUUGUUUUUGAAGCAAUUUUUUUUUAGAGUUUAAUUUAUAACAUCCAUUUUUUAAUUAUUUAAGUGUUUUUUUUUUAAAAAUUCAGCAUGGAAUUUUUUUUAUUGUUAUUACAUUCGUAUGCACAUACGCACGUGCACAAUUCGCACGCGGAGCAAGCCGGAGUGGUGCGCACUUUACAUCGUUCACGUUGUGGAGCUGUACAAAAGCGUUUCUUGAUCUUGUUGGAGGGAAAAAAAAUCUCAUUACUUCCGUCAGCUUUGGUAAUAUACGGUAUAUAGAUAUGUGCUAAUUAUUAUAUAUCUGGCCAUGGUCGUAAAAUAAUUUUGUACGAUACGUCUGGUAAUAAAAGACUGUUGUACCAGACGUGUGGUCAUGAAAGACUUUUGUACCAUACGCAUGGUAAUAAAAGACUGUUGUAUCAGACGUGUGGUCAUGAAAGACUUUUGUACCAUACGUAUGGUAAUAAAAGACUGUUGUACCAGACGUGUGGUCAUGAAAGACUUUUGUACCAUACGCAUGGUAAUAAAAGACUGUUGUACCAGACGUGUGGUCAUGAAAGACCUUUGUACCAUACGCACGGUAAUAAAAGACUGUUGUAUCAGACGUGUGGUCAUGAAAGACUUUUGUACCAUACGCAUGGUAAUAAAAGACUGUUGUACCAGACGUGUGGUCAUGAAAGACUUUUGUACCAUACGUAUGGUAAUAAAAGACUUUUGUACCAUACGUAUGGUAAUAAAAGACUGUUGUACCAGACGUGUGGUAAUAAAAGACUUUUGUACCAUACGCAUGGUAAUAAAAGACUUUUGUACCAUACGUCUGGUAAUAAAAGACUGUUGUACCAUACUAUACGUGUGCUGAUAGGAACCGUGCACAUAUCAUGUAGCAAAGGGGGUAUUUAAAUUUUUUUUUUGUAAUAUUGUGAUAAAUGGGGUGGGCGUGGUAGAGAAAAUUUUUCAUGAAAAAAAUUGUUAUUACUAUUAUAAUUUUUGCAAAAUUUCGGCUUUUCAAAUUUAUUAACUCAGCCUAGAUUAUUAAAAAAAAACCUUUUUUUUUUUUUUUUUUGUUUUAAUUUAUUAAAAAAUUUUUUUUAAAAAUAAUAUUUUGUUUUUUGCUGCUUGUAAUUUCUCAGUUUAGGGGUAUUUAAAUUUUUUUUUUUUAAUAUUGUGAUAAAUGGGGUGGGCGUGGUAGAAAAAAUUUUUUAUGAAAAAAAUUGUUAUUAUUAUUAUAAUUUUUGCAAAAUUUUGGCUUUUCAAAUUUAUUAACUCAGCCUAGAUUAUUAAAAAAAAACCUUUUUUUUUUUUUUUUUAGCUUUAAAUUAUUAACACAUUUUUGUUAAAAAUAAUAUCUUGCUCUUUGCUGCUUGUAAUUUCCCAGUUUCACCUCGUUUCCUGACUUAAUUCUGUUUUAGAAUAUAGGGUUGGGGUUUGCCGUUCCUAGAAAUGUUAUAUAAUAUUGGGGGGAUGGUGGUCAAUGUAAAUGUUAUUUAACGUUAUAAAGGUAAGGGGCGGGAAAAAUGUGAUAUUUUUGUGUUAUUUGAUAUGCGCCCCUUUUCCCUUUAUAUUCGAUUGUACAUAUUUUGCGACGGGGUAGCGUGCCAUUGACGUAGAACGAUUCGUGGAGAUUUACUUGUUUAGCUCGCCACCGCUCAGGGCCGGCGCUAGGAGGGUGCGGGGCCUUGGGCAAAUUGAAUUUUGCGCGGCCGUUGAUGUUAUAUAGUCCACCGAUAGGAUAUUAGGACACGUUAUCGUCGUACUAGGUCCUUGCUGGUCACAAUGGGACGCGUCAUAACGGAUGUUAGCUCACUGGCUUAGUUUCCGAAAUUUCGUUUUUUUUUCUAUACAGUUAAAUUGCCAGACUGACCUUCAGACCAUUUGACUUUCUAAUAACUCCGAAUAUUGUGUUAACUGGAUUAGGAACUAUUAGUAGGCAACGCGUGGGGGCCUUGGGCGGUCGCCCACUUCGCCUUCCCUUAGCGCCGACUCCGCAUCACUUUAAAUGGCGCAACUCCUGCCUAAAAAAAAAUAAUCAUAUUGAAGAUAUACAAACUUUUUUUUUUUUUCCAGAAUGGCUCAGCCGGCAACCUCUCGUGAGACAGAAGUGGGCGGGACCCUCUUCCUGUUUGCUGACCCGGAUGAGGUCACCCCAAAACAGAAAAAAUGGUGGGAAAAGGUGAAGCUGAAGUGCUGCGCCCUGCACAAAUAUUGCCACAGAGUUGACCCCGAGGACAAGCGGAAGGCGCUGGUCAAGAAAAAUGGAUCGUACAGGUUGGUCAGGACUAAAUGAUGUACAGGUUGGUCAGGGCUAAAUGAUGUACAGGUUGGUCAGGGCCAAAUGAUGUACAGGUUGUGCAUGGCUAAAUGAUGUACAAGUUGGUCAGGACUAAAAGAUGCACAGGUUGUGCAGGGGGACUCUUAAACUUUUUCGUGUUCCAUGGACCACUCUGCCAGUCAGAUGAAGGCACCAGACGGCUUCUUAGCUUUUAAAUGUAUAAUCUUAAGAUAUGAAGGAAAUCAAAGCUCACGGAUUCCCAGACACCCACACACACCACGUGUGGUAGACUCGAGGGCUGAGCUCAGCGCCUUCAUUCGUGAGGUGUUAGAGGGCGUCAGCCCUCUGUUAUUUUAUAAUGGUGGGGGCGGCCCUUUUGGGCUAACGGAAGAGGUGGGGGGUUUCGUGAAAGGGGGGGGGCAAAAAUUUUUGCCUCACCGCUUGCGACACUUAUGUUAGCUACGCCACUAGUGUCACCCCAAUGCAAGCCCCCCCCCCCCAGGCCUCAAUAAAAAUAAAAGAAGAGUGGACUUUUAUUCUGCGCUUGUUUUGCUGAGGCUGCAAUGGCUUCGAGGCUCGUCUUGCUAGGGCUACAGUGGCUUCAAGGCUCAUCUUGCUAGGGCUACAAUGGCUUCGAGGCUCGUCUUGCUAGGGCUACAAUGGCUUCGAGGCUUGUCUUGCUAGGGCUACAAUGGCUUCGAGGCUCGUCUUGCUAGGGCUACAAUGGCUUCGAGGCUCGUCUUGCUAGGGCUACAAUGGCUUUGAGGCUCGUCUUGCUAGGGCUACAAUGGCUCCGAGACUCGUCUUGCUAGGGCUACAAUGGCUCCGAGGCUCAUCUUGCUAGGGCUAAAAUGGCCUCGAGAACGGGUUAUGGCCUACCAAUAGAAAAUACACGUGUUUAUAAAAAACGUUCACUAUGCAAAGAUAAAUAGUAUCUUGGGCAGUGGGCAGGACAAAGAUGUGUCCACUGUUGGUAGACUGUGCCUUAUUAAACAAAAAACAACACUUUUUUUAAAAUCAAAAUUCUCAAUAUGUAGUAUUAGUACCAAUGUUUAGUUUUAAUCCAAUAUAAUAUAAUAAAAGUCCCAAUAGUUUUCUAAAUUGUUUAUACCCCCCCCCCCAAAUCAUAAAUCACCAAUAGGGUCUAUCUUGCCGGUUUGGGUCAGCACAAGAGAAAAUAUCUGGCCGACCUGUAUGUGACGAUGAUAGACCUGGAGUGGCGCUACGCCUUCGCCAUCCUCUUCAACAUGUUCCUGGUCAGCUUCCUGAUCUUCGCCAUCUUCUGGUGGCUCAUGGCUUACAACAACGGCGACUUCGACAACCUGGACAACCCCAAGCACGACUUCUGCCUGCUCGGGGUCAAGUCGUUUCCGGGGGCCAUCUUGUUUUCGUUAGAGACGCAGACGACCAUCGGGUACGGGAUGGCGUACCCUAAUGCCGACUGCGCUGCCACACUACCGCUGAUGUACCUACAGGUGAGAGUGUCGUUACAGCAAAGGUGGGGGAGGGGUAUUUCCCCCACCAUUCCCACAGUUUCUUGAUAUUGGAUGACUUUCGAUAGGUAGCUCUAGAUUUCUUGAGAUUCGAUGUGUUUCCAGAGAUAGCUCUAGAUUUUCUGAUAUUUGUUGAAUUUACACAGGUAACUCUAGAUAUCUUGAUAGUUGAUGUUUUUCCGGAGAUAGCUCUAGAUUUCUUGAUUAUUUGAUGAAUUUCCAAAUGUGGCCCUAGAUUUCUUGAUAUUUGAUGAAUUUCCAUAGGUGGCUCUAGAUUUCUUGAUAUUUCAUGAAUUUCAAAGGGUGUCUUUUGAAUUCUUCAAUUCCAAUGUCUUUUCACAGGCAGCUCUAAGUUGCAUGAUAUGUGAUGACGUUUGACAGGAGACUUUGUUUCUUGAUAUUUGAUGAAGUUUGACAAAGGACAUUUUUUAGGAAUUUCGACAGGCGACUAUAUUUCUUGAUAUUUGAUUACUUUUGACAGGGGUCUAUGUUUCUUGAUAUUUGAUGACUUUUGACAGUGGACUAUAUGUGUCUUGAUAUUUGAUGACGUUUGACAGUGGACUAUAUGUGUCUUGAUAUUUGAUGACGUUUGACAGAGGACUCAAUGUUCCUUGACAUUUGAUGACUUUCGACAAAGCACUCUAAGUUUCUUGAUAUCCGAUGACUUUUCAAAGGCGUCUUUGUCUCUUGAUAUUUGAUAAAGGUCUAUUAUAAAGUAAUUAUAUUUCAUAAACUUAAAAAAAAAAACCUUCCAUACAUGCAUCUCAAUUUAAAAAAAAAGUUUUUAUUUUUUUUUCGGACAAUUUCCAACAGAUAGUUCUAGUCUUUUUCAUAUUCGAUGUGCUUGUUAUUGUUAAGUUGUUUUUUAAAAAUAUCACAUACCUUUUUUAAAAUGAACUUACAGGCUGUUCUAGGUUUCAUGAUAGAGACAUUCAUGCUGGGCUUCAUCUUUGUGAAAAUUGCACGCCCUAAAUACCGCGCCAACACCAUACUUUUCUCGAAACAUGCCAUAGUCAACCAGGAGAACGGACAGCUGGUACUUCAGGUAUGAUGGUAGAAUGUUUACAAUGGUACGACUUUAAAUAAAAGAUACUAUUUUCCCCACCGUUCAGCUCGAAGUACUUUAUACUCUUCUGAUCGUGGAUUCUAGGUUACAGAUUUGGUACGCAGCUCAGUUUUUGGUGACAUGUCUUAAUUCAUUCGACCUCUCGUAGAUCUUUGCAAUGCCUAUUUCGAAACAUACUUAGUUGAAAGUUAUACUCUGUUGGCUUUGCGAAAAAAUCUAUCUAAAAGAAACACAGCACGUUCGUGCGGCUGUAGAUUUUAAUUACAAUGGUAACCGGAGGCGGAUUGAGUUUUGUGAGGCCCUUUGUGGAAACAAGACACAAAAAAAAAAAAAAAAAAAAAAAAAAAAAAAAAAAAAAAAAAAAAAAAAAAAAAAAAAAAAAAAAAAAAAAAACAACAAAAACAACAACAACAAAAACUAUACAAUGAGACACUCUGUAACACAAUACAUAUGAAUUAUAUAUAUAUCAUAUAUUUAUAAAAGGGAAAGUUUGUGGAUUCGUUUGUUUGUGGGUCUGCUUGUUCCACAAAGGCUUUUACACGGAUCGAUGGAUCUUGAACAAACUUGGCACAUACAUCCAUCAUUAUCCAGAAGGAACUCUUAAGGAGUUAUGAACUUUUUAUAACAUUCGGUUUGGGGCUGGCAUUAUAUGAGCUAUAUAAAAAUAAUUAGAAACAAACACUCAUACACUAAUGGAUGAAUCUUGACUAAACUUAGAACACAUACUCUUUAUUAUCCAUCUUCAUAUACCGAAGGGUACUGAACUCAUAAUAUUCAUUCGUCUGGGGCCGGGGGCCCUAUUUCAUUUUUUCUUAUAUAAGCCAUAGCAAUAGGCUUAGACAACAGUAUAGCUUCUAUGUGAAUUUAUGGAUAUAGGCCUAGCGUGGUAGCAAUACCCUUCAUGGUCUGUAUUGAAAAAUUGGUGGAUUUAAAACUUAUACUAUCCAUUCUAUAAUUUUCCAGAAGGUUCGAUCAUUUAAAAAAAAAAGCUGUAUCUAUGGCAUUUUUAAGUAGAUUUGAAUGGGCCCAAUUUUAAAUUUUAACUCUAUCAUUUAUCCAUCUGAUAUUUAUAGGGCCCCCUAUCUCAGACAUAACUAAAUCGGUACAGUUAUGGAAUGGGCCCCCGGGGCCCCUUGACUAACUUAAAAGAAAAAGGAUUAUAAUUAUAGCAUCUGUGGAAGACGUUUAUCGUAUUUAAAAAAAUAAUUAGCAAAGUUUUUACCCAUGUUUCGAGCAGGUUAUUAAAUUUAAUGUAGAAUAUUCCAUAAAGUUUUAAAUCGUUACAAGGAGGUAUAUAGUGGGAUCUAAGUAAUUAUUAAAAUGUUAGUUAGUUCUAUUCAUUUCUCUACUGCCCCGGAGUUUACUGUUCUCUCAGUACCACCGGGAUCGGGAUUAUUACCUUGAAUGGAUCCACCGGGAUCGGGAUUACAUCGGCAAACGGGACUGUGCCGGGAUCGAUGUAAGAAUGGGAUUAAGGUCCCAGUGGCAUCGGGGUCCCAAUGGGAUCGGGGGGUCACACCAUGAUUUGGUCCUAAUGCAAUCCCGGGCACCGCCGGGUAUAUCGGCUAGUAUAUAUAUAUACAUAUAUAUAUACAUAUAUCUAUACAUAUAUAUAUAUAUAUAUAUAUAUAUAUAUAUGAGNAAUUCAAAAGUCUCUCCGUCGCGCUUUUAACAUUUAGUAGAAAUUAGUUUUCUGUUCACAUAUUUUCACUUUUUUUGUUUUUUGUUUUGUUUUGUUUGUUACAGGAUGAGAUGGGAAAGUCUUUAGCUGAUUAAAGAUGACAAUGUUUUCUGAAUAUUUGAACGUUUACACUCAGUCCCUUUAUCUGACCAAUAGACAACACCUGUACGCACUUCAUCUUUAAUUUCUCCCCCCCCCCCCCUUUCCCCCCAACCUCGACGGAGCAGCCAACCCUACAUCGCAGUUAGGGUGGUAAAAUUGUAUCAUUCCUGAAAACAAAAAUGAGCACAACUUUUUUUUUUUGUUGUUCUGUAAAUCCCACCGCUGUCGUUGAGUAGAGAGCCAUUUUUCAUCGUGAGAUACACGCGUCGACCACAAACAUGAGAUAUGUGCAUGCUCAGUAAAAAAAACAAAAAACAACAACAAUCGUAUAUCAUAGAUGUUAUGCACUAUUUUUGCCCAGUGGCGUUUCUAAAAACAAAUCUGAAGUUUCGUAGAGGGUGUUUGGAGAAAUCUCUGUUAGGAGCACCUCAUGAUAUAUUACACAGCCAUGGCGUCUACUCGAAAUGAACUUAUCUUUCCGUGUUACCACCAACAUGCGACCAUCGUAAGAGUAGAGUUGGGCGCGUCAGAGGUCACCCAAACUCGAAUCCGCCUAUGGUAUGUUGGGGCAUAUUUCUCUUAGGUCGUGUAGUGCAAACAAUGGCAGCGCAGCUGCUAGCAGCCGUCCGUCCGACGAUCUGAUGACCUACGCCCAGACAAUGUGGCAACAGGCUGUUACAACUCAUAGCCACGCCAACAGUCAACGGAAGGUGGUGUUUAUUAUGUCAUUAUAGAGGAAAUUGGGGGGUGGUGUGGUUUUUGGUGGGGGGGGGGAAUCGGCCCCGUGAAAUGACCUAAAACGGAAUAGGAGUAGAUUUAAAACAAAAACGUAAAAAAAGAAGUUAUGUCUGAUCUCACCAAGAUAAUUUUAUCGUCCUCAGUCACAAUAUUGAAAGAUUUUUUGUGUGGAAAGUUAAAUUUAAAAAAAAAUAAUUUGAAACGUUAUUUUAAUAAAGGAAAUUACAUUCUGAAUUCUACAUUCAAUAAUCAAAUGUGUCAUAAUCAAAAUAUAUCCUCUAAAACGGUGGGUUCAUUAAAAAAAAAAGAAAGAUAUAUCCGAUGAUCUCUACAGGUAGCAAACAAAGUCCCUGUGCUAAUUAUUUUCGCACGCACUAAACGUGUAUUGGUUAAAUAUCACUUUUUCGUGUAAGCCAUGAAAAAAAAAAGCUCUAGUAAGCGAGGUGAAAAAAAGGUAGAAGGAGAAGAACGCGUGCUGGUCGGUCAUUGGACGUUGUUCGAUUCGAGUAUUCCGUCAUCCAACGCCGACCUUAAUGAAAUGCCCCUGAAUUGUAAUAAAAUGGGUCUGUCUUCAUCGUCAGGGUCAGCUAUCUGUGUCAACGAUUUCUUGCUUUUUACUCAGUUCUGCUGUAAGGUCUCGUUGGUUUUUCCUGCUUUCCGUUUCCUCUUCUCAAAGCCGUCCUUGAACGUGAGGCUUGGUGGCAUUCUACAGAGGUGACCAAGACAUCUCUUCGAACAUGCUGCAAAGUUCAUCGAAUCAUUUUUAAAUCUUGAUCUUGAGGAGCAAGCGACAUGCAGGAAUCUCUCUCUCUCUCUCUCUCUCUCCCCCUCUCUCUCCCUCUCUCUCUCCCUCUCUCUCUCCCUCUCUCUCUCCCCCCCUCUCUCUCUCUGUAUCACUAUCUGUCUCUCUUUGUCCCUCUAUGUCUCUCUCUCUCUGCCCCUGCCUGUCUCUCUCGGUCUGUAUCUCUCUAUGUGUCUCUCUGUCUCUCCCUCUGUCUCUCUGUCUCACACAAUAACACAAAAAUCAUUUUAAAAAAUCUAAAUAAUCAUUUGAAAUCCGCUAUUUUCUAGAUUCGUGUCGGAGAUUUAAGAAAGUCCCAUCUCGUGGACGCCUGCAUAUCAGGAAUGGUGGUCCGCAGACAUUCGACGGAAGAGGGCGCCUACUACCCGCUGUACCAAUUCAACUGCGAGUUUUCAGCCAACGGCAUGGGCGAUCGUGUUUUCCUGAUGUGGCCAAUCAUAUUGACGCACAUCAUAGACAAGGACAGCCCACUUUACGACAUCCGCCCAGCAGAUCUGAGUUCUGAAAAGUACGAAAUAAUAGUUUACCUCUCUGGAACAGUGGAAUCGACGGGUAAGGGGCGGCUUGGAGUUAAAAAGUUAUGUUUUGACAAUGUAAUAGGUAAAGUUAUCUUUUUCAAAAAUUGCAUCGAUUCUUUCUUCCAUUCAACUGAAAAAAUAAUGAUGAAUACCAUGAAUAUUACAAUUUGGCGCGCCCUCAAAUCUUCAUUUAGAAAUCAUGAUCUUUCUUUUAUUCCUUAAAUGCUUACACGUCUACAUAUACUUACCAUCUCCGCUACCCCAUUAAACGCCAUCAGAUCCAAGGACGUCCAUCUCCCCCUGAGUGUUUGAAAGCCAACCCAGCUCCCUGGAGCUUGGUCCAUUCCUGUAGGUCAUGGUUUUGGUACUACAUUCGCGCAGUAAUACAAAGAUGCACUGUUAAAUAAUUUUAUUGUAAGAACAUUAUUGACUUUUCCAUAAUGACAGAGAUAACAAACACCCAAGCAGCUCAAUGAUCAUUCAUCUUUUUUCCCUCCAGCAAAUCAAGUUAUGAAAUCUAGUGAUUAUUGAAAAAUCAAUUUUGGUAGGCCUAUGAUUAUUUAUUAUGAUUAUUAUUUCAUUUAUUUUUUUAUUCUAACAUUUCGGAUUCUUGGAUCGGUGGCUGGACGGCUAUGCGGUAAGAAUGUGCAACUCCCCUGCUUUUUAAAGUUUUGUUACCUGGAGAAAUUCAACAACUCAUAUUGGAAGCACCUGUUUUAUCUCUCCCCCCCCCACCUCUCUUGCGUAUAGACACCCCUGCUCACAUCAUCAAAAAAAUCCUAAAAUUCUCAAAUAAAGCCGAACUUCUUCAAAAAGAGCCUCAAAUCUUCAAAUUAUAGAGCCUCAACUCUUCAGAAAAAGCCUAAAAAAUCUUUAAAGAAAGACUAAAAUCUUCAAAAAACAGCCUCCACUCUUCAGAAAAAGCCUCAACUCUUUAAAAAAGCCUCAAAUCUUCAAAUAAAGCCUAACAUCUUCAAAAAGAGCCUCGUAUCUUCAAAUAGAGCCUCAGAAAAAGCCUAAAAAAAUGUUUAAAUCAAGGCUAAAAUCUUCAAAUGAAGCCUCACAUCUUUACAAUGUUUACAGCUUCUUUUCGGAGUUAAUGUUCGCAUUCGUUUAAUUAUUAUAUAUAAAAAAAUAAAAUUAAAAAAAAGACUAUUUAGAAUACGGUAAUCUUUCCUUUUAUCUGGCUGCUGGGGAUUCUUCUUCGGAUCAGUUCAUAUACGAUUACAAACUUUAGGAUGGUAGUUGUUGAAAAUGGAAAUGUUUUGGAUUAAGACCGUGUUUUGAAUAUGACCUCGCAUGAACUAUUAUGUCUGCAUGGACUUUGAAAGAAAAAAAAAAGUUUAAACUCAAACUUGACACGACACACGGGCUUAUGCUAAGAGUACGGAUGGAGUGUGGUGCCAGGUGCAGUUAUCACACGAGACACUGUGUUGGGAGACAAUAUUUGACCAGAUUUUUUUUUUUUUUUGGUCAAAUGUUGCAACAAUGAGCAUGGGUUGUGGGGUGGGUAGGUCGUGACGAAAACAUUUUUAUGCGAAUCGUUGGGCGGUUCAGUGGAGAGGGGGUUGGGAGUGAGGGAGAGAGACGGCUGGUGACAGAGCGUCUGUAGUCGUCACAACGGUUUUUUAUUACGCACUAAGUCAUGUUAUUGAAAGGGUGUCUAAUAUCAAGAAGUAUGUGACACGAGAUGUGGUAAAACCUGUAAAAAAAAAAAUAAGACGCAACUAAAUAACGAACGCGUCAGAAAGCAUCUGAAGAAGGCGUCUUGUCGACACGUUGGUUGUUAUGUUGCGUCCUUUCUCCAAGUUUUUUCCCCAUGAUUUGCUUCACAAAGCCUACCUAAACCUGAUUGCAGUCUCCCCCCCUCCCCAAACCGCCCGCCCCACCCCCGUAUUUAAAAAAAUAAAUAAAUCAUUGUCUGAUAUCAUGGGAUAAUCGAUCAUAAAAACACGUGCCGGAGACAUGCCUGCUUACACGUGUCAACGUAAGUACACGGUUCAAUUAGGGAGUCAAAGUACACGGUUCAAUUAGGGAGUCAAAGUACACGGUUCAAUUAGGGAGUCAAAGUACACGGUUCAAUUAGGGAGUCAAAGUACACGGUUCAAUUAGGGAGUCAAAGUACACGGUUCAAUUAGGGAGUCAAAGUACACGGUUCAAUUAGGGAGUCAAAGUACACGGUUCAAUUAGGGAGUCAAAGUACACGGUUCAAUUAGGGAUUCAAAGUACACGGUUCAAUUAGGGAGUCAAAGUACACGGUUCAAUUAGGGAGUCAAAGUACACGGUUCAAUUAGGGAGUCAAAGCAAAUGGAAGAGUCGAUUUGUGAUUUUAAAAAAAAGUGUGGGGGGGGGGUGUAGGUUGAGGGUGGAUACAGUUGAUCACUUUUAAUGUCUUAAUGAAUUUCACGUGAGGUAAUUCAGACUGUUAAUUACAGGACUCAGCUGGUCAAUUAGAAACGAGAUUAUCAGAUUACAAUAGAGCUCAGUCAAAGGAGUUUGAUUAGAAGAGAGCGGAAAAAAGGUCACGGGAAAGAAAAGGCACACAUUUUUGCUAGGAAGAAAAAAAAAGUCACAGGAAAAAAAGUAACAGGGGAAAAAAGUCACAGGAAAAAAAAAGUCACAGGAAAAAUAGUCACAUUUUUGCUAGGUAACAAAAGACACAGGGAAAAAUAGACACAUAUUUUGCUAGGAAAAAAUAAAGUCACAGGAAAAAAGCAACAGGGAAAAGGUUACCAAAAAAAAAAGUAACAGAGAAAAAAGUCACAGGAAAAAAAAGUCACAAGAAAAAAGUCACAGGAAAAAAAAAGCAACAGGGAAUAAAUAAAGUCAUAAGAAAAAAAGUAAAAAAAAAAGUUCUACCAUCGUCCUCGAUCUAGUCAAAUCUUCAUUGGGACAAAACUAAGGAAAGUUAAAAUUCAAAUUAUAAUUUUUUUUUAAAUUCGUUUUAGCCAUGAAAUAAUUCAUGACACGUCACUAUUCAUUACACACUUUCAAACCUGUCAUCACAACCUUCCUUUCUCAUGGUUUAAAAAAAAAUUCUUAUAAGGAUUAUGAUUAGUUCACAUGUGUUCAAUUUACUCUAGGGACUACCACCUUCUAACCACCUCAAAGGCCCUUACCAUUCUCAGACAUUUUUUAAAACUUACCACUCUUUUACCGCCACCCCCACCACCCCCCACCCCCAAACCCCAACAGGUGAAGUGUGCCAGUCCCGGACGUCCUACCUGCCCAAGGAAAUCCUCUGGGGCCACCGCUUUGAGAGGAUCGAAGAGUACGACAUCGGACAUAGCCGCUGGCACAUUGACUUCGCGGGUGAGUUGGGAUUUGUGGAGGUGUGUAUAGGGGGGGGGGAGGGAGAUGGGGGGGUAAGGUGUGAACACAAUAGAGCAGCGUUCCCCAAACGGUGGUUCAUGGACCGGCACCGGUCCGCGAGCCUUACUUUACCGGUCCAGAGGGUAUGAAUAUUGAUGUUUAAAUAGAAAGAAAAAGUAAUUAAUAAAUCUGGCACCGGUCCCUGGUGAAGUUUCGAAACUUGUCCACCGGUCCGUGAAACUUAAAAGUUUGGGAAACGCUGCAAUAGAGGACACAGUGGCGCAUUGACUUUCACGGGUCACUUGGGAUCAGUGUGUGUGUAUGUGUGUGUGUGUUUGUGUACGUGUGUGUGUGUGUGUGUAUGGGGUAUGGUAUGAAUGCUAGAUUUGGUUUGGUGUUACUUUUCAAAGAAAAAAUGCAAGGGAGCUGGGAUGCAGUGAGGGCAUUAGGUGGGGGGGCGCUGGGGGGCUGGGGGUGCAGUCAUGAAUUUAGAGGGGCGGUGUUACAGCGGCGGCUUUAGGUGAUUGGAUGUUAAGGUUAUCUUUUUUUUUUUUUUUUUGGGGUGGUGGUGGAGUAAAAAAAUGAGAUUGUUGGGCACUAUGGAGUGGUCAUCAAAUUAACAACUUUUACAUAUGUAGCUGGUGGCAUACAUCUGCAAACAUCAGUAUGGGUGGCUGAUGUAGAGCUGACCAUGACAAAUAAAUAACCAUGCUUUAUUUUUAUCCCCCCCCUCUCUCUCUCUCUCCCUCAUCCCCACACCCACCCACACAGGUUUUGAUGACGUUGUGUACUGUCAGAAUAUACGUCACAGCGCCAAAGAAUUGGAGAGGAUACGAGAAGGAAGGGAGGCUCUGGGCAGUAAUUUGACCCAAGGGUUCACGGCCGAGGAGGGCGCCAUGUCCCUUGCGUCCUUGCGCUACGACCUCGCCCCGACCUCAUCGCCCUACGACAACGCCAUCACAAGGUCACCGAAGCGAGAAAGGCCCUACUGAGGGAACCAUCCAGUCUUGUUAAAAUCGUUUAGAUGAAAUGCUGUUUUCUUGGAUACAUAAAUCGAUCAUUGAUUUAAGGGGGAGUGGAUUGGGGGAGGGCGGGG